AUGACGUCCAAAACCUUGGAGCUCUCGGAUAUCUUCGAGAGUGCAUGGGAGACUAUCUGUGCGUCGCUUCCAAGGCUCCUGUUAGUAAAGAAUGGAGGAAAGGGCACGACAAAGAGCAGCAUGCGCCACAUGUUCGAGGGUCAUUUGGGGGAGUGGAACAUCCAAGACGAGCUGGAGGACUUCUUAGCUGCUAUCAAGCCAAGCUCUAAAGGUGAGGAUGUCAAAUCACGCCCGAAAGACCAGGAGCCCGACCUCAUCCUCAAUGUUUCCGACUCGAACGGCGGCGAUGAGACAGUGCGCAUCAUAGGAGAAUUCAAGAUGUGCACGACUCAUAAUCUAGCCAAGAUGAUCAAGGAUCCCGCCUCUAAAAGCGCAGGAUCGUUGCGCAACCUUCUUGGGCAGCCCGCCAAGUAUAUGUACAAAUACAAGAUUAAGUACGGCAUCGUCUCGACUUACAACGAAACUAUCUUUCUCAGGAUCGAACCGCGCAAAUCCAAUCCGGAAGAGUAUGGUCUUUAUUACUCGCCCGUCUUCCGCUACGAUACCCCGACUUGUGUGGACGAGGGGACCAACGUACACACAUUCGGUACCCGCUUCGCAACUCUCUUUAUGUUACACAAGGUCGUCGAUGAUGGAGGUGAAGGCUGGAGGUUGAAAGCGAGCGAUAUUCCGAAGCAAGAUGAUUGGUACUCUCGGACGGUUGCUGCCGACACUCCCGCAGCAGCUGUAGGGUCGCCCUACCUCGGCAAAACACCACUCUUACCCUCCGAAACACCACCCUUACCCUCCAAAUCACCACCCUUACCCUCCGAAUCCAUGAUUCGGCGACUGCGUUCCAGGAAUCAGCUCUCAAACGUUCUGACACCUAUCAAAGAAUCGCCCAUGAAAGCUGCGAAUGCGAUCAAAAAGACGGUAAAAGGACUGAAAGACAACUUGAAGCGGUCCAGGGCACAGAACACAAAGAAUAGCCCGUCACCAAAGCCCAGGUCUCCGCGCAAGGUCAGCUGGGCAAAGACUCCUCCCCAAAGUGCCGAGCAUUCCGAGGCUACAGAGUCAGGGCGCAGUUCUGAGGUGGCUAAUAUCGACGAUGGCGAUGAUAGUGAAUACAUCGAUGAUGGUUUUGACCCGUCUGACGAUACUGAUGGACCUGAGGAGCUCGAUGAAGCGGGGACGCAGGCUGAGAACCUUGUUCGGCUGCAGUACACCAACGCCACUAAGUAG